AUGGCUGAAAACACACUCGCCAGUGUUGAGGCAACGACAACAUCAUCAUCGGCUGUUUCAUCAACUGGAUCAACCGCCUCGAUGAAUCCAUUGGGACCCCCCAUGUGGAAGUUGCUGGAAACUAGGACGCAACUGCUCAUAUCCUCCUACCAGCAACAGGUGAGUUAUGCCUCUGCUAUUGAGGAAUUUCUAUUAACUAAUGACAUUAGCCAAAGUAGCAUCCCAAAGGUAGAUGCCCGACCAAGAACAAUAACAUCGCCUGACUCCGCGGUUUUGAUCCGGUCCAGCUCCCCUGAUCCUAAGCCCACGGGGAAGCGUCAACGAGCUGAUGAUAGCCCUGAUACCAUUCGAAAUGGCAAUGGCGGCUCCCGAGAUGUUUCAAGUCCUUUCCAAUCAACAAAAACAGCCCAGAAACCAUCCACCAAGCGCACGAAGUUGACCACAAAUAAUGAAACAGAACUUCGGUGCCAAUUGAUCAAUGAUAUCAAUGUUCAGAGAUCAAACCAUCGCAAUAUCACGGCCGAUAACCUAAGAAGCAUCAUUGGACUGCUGAUCGAAGCCAAAAAGAAGCGAAAACUUGUCUCCUGUAGCGACGAAGAAAAGGAACAGUGGCUCGAGCAAGAUGAACUUAUGGAGCUUGCUGCUAUCAGGAUGGAAAAGGGCGGCCGAUGCUCAAGGGCUGUUUUGAGUCGUUGGGAGCUGUUUCUGACUGCUCCUAUGGUUGACGAAGCAGACAGGAAAGACCUUGAGCGGAUCAUUGCGGUCGAAGAAUCUCACUCCGCUAUGUGCGUGACCACGUCAUAUAACUUUUUACACCUUCGCCGUCUGCAGCGGAUCCUCCAAGACCCUGCUGCCUACGGUGUGAGCAACCAUGUCCCAACCAGAACAUACCUGAUGAACAUGGUCACAAAUGCCCUUGAGGACAAACGGGCUUUGAGUCGGGCAACACACAAGACGAUUAUAGAGUUUAUUGAUCCGGAUAAAGAGAUCACCGUGCCCGAUUUGAUGGCGUUCAAGAAAUCAGAAGAACCGGCCUUAUCCAAGAAAAAGGCCGCGCCUUCUUCUUCCAAAACCUCCCAACCCUCCGCUCCUUUCUCCAGUGUUCAUUCCACUCAGCUUCACAAAGAUCUCGCAAAUUCUUCAGCUUCACCACUGUCCACACCAUCUGCCACCACUUUGAAAGAUCCCCAGUCUGCUCCCACUUCCAAUAUGUCGUCCUCUAUCAAGGACCUUCUUUCAUCCAGACAAUCCUCACUCCAACCACAACAACAACACCGCUCCCCUCAACUCAAACCUGACGUUCCAAUGAAACUGAUCAAAAUCUUCAUGGAGCAUGUUGCUCCUCUCUUGCCCAUCUUCGAUCUCGACGAUCUGGACCGGUUGCUGAGAAUGACCUCGCUGCAUGGUACCUUCGCGUUUCGCGGGGUUGAUCCAACACUGGGUCUUUGCUUUGCCCUAGCUGCUCUGCAGUCUCGAGACCGUGUUCACUGGCAAGCUCAUGAAUGGUACAAGGGUGCUGAAGUUGAGAUCAACUCGGACGAACUCAACGAAAACUCGAUUCUUGGCAUUCAGCGACGAAUUCUUCAAGUUCUGUAUCUCCAGAUGAUUGGAAAUCUCAGCAAGGCCUGGAGUGUUCUGUCCUUGGCCCUUGGACUUGCAGAGGCCAACGGGAUCCAAACCGUGGCUGGUGGCCCUCUUGUCGUCGACAGCACCUCCCAGCAGCGCGUCCGGGUGUUAUGGCAUUCCCUUUGGAUGAUGAGACUUAGCUUGGCCUCGCAGAUGGGCAUGAACUGGCAAUCCCUGGAGACACGUUACCCGGUGCCAAAGCCAACUCCUAUUCCAUUGGGAUCGAAGAUAAGCCAGACGCAGCUUGCUGCGAUCUCUUCUUUCUUCAAUGCUUCUAUCUCGCUUUACGGACACAUGGAAGAUAUCUUAUGCAACGAUGAGCACCUGCGUUUGCGUAUCGACAUAUGUCCUUUUCGAUCAUUGUUUACGGCAGACCUCUGUGACCUUUUCGAGCUUGACGGCAAGCUUUUACAGUGGAAGGAAGCUCUUCCUACUAACCUACACUGGGAUGGAACGGAAAUCACUCUGUCAAUGGAGAGUGACUUUGCUAUUCGUCGUCUUCGCGUUCUCAUUCGUCUGCGAUAUAUGUUUAUUCGACUUCGAGCUUUCCGCCCGUUUCUGAUCUUCUGUCUACGCCUUUCCCAUACAUGUUCAUGCGCAUCCGACACUUCUCGUGCAUACGCAUCCGGCCCGCACAUUCUGGCUGGCAAAGAGGCCGACUCGGUCGAUUCGCCUGCUAUCCUUGGUAUUGUCCGUGAUUCGACCCUGAAAUGCCUUGCCGCAGCACAAGAUAUCAUCAAAACCCUGACGGAUCUCCAUGGGAAAGGUAUUGGCAAGGGCAACGAUGACACUCUGAGAAUCACCACAUCCUCCUACGAAUGUCUGGAUUACAUCUACACUUCGGCUCUGAUAUUGAUUGCUUGUCUUGCAAUCCCUUUCAUCCUAAAGGGGGGUAGUGCGAGUAAGUCGGCUUCCAGCAUGAACGAGCAACUACGCCAAGCCGAUAUACUCCUUCGUAACUACGAGGAAUCCUCUCAGCAGACGGACGAGCUUUCUGGAAGAACUCGACGCUGCCGUGAAGUCCUCGAUUUGUUGAAGAGUCAGAUCGGGAGCGGGACCGUGGCGCAGAGCCCAACCAUUUUCUCAGAUGUGAGGAUUUCCGUUGGUCAGCAUGUUUGGAAGAGGCUCUACGACCGACUCGGGCUUCAAGGCGAAGCCUCAUCCAAGGAGGCUUUGUCUAGCAACAACAGCACGGGACGAAAGAACUUUUUCGCCUGGCUGGAAAGUCUGCCUACCGAUCUGGAUGGCUGGGCCCCGGCUAAGGCACAGAACACUUAG